CUUAUGAUGUCGGUGUUUAAAAAUGGCAUCGAGCCUGGCGAGGGGUCUAGUAGUGCCGCUGCGCUCGAGUCUGUGUACCAUGUGCUGUCUCUCCUGCACGCACACUUUGUCGCUGGUGCUCUGCGUCUUGAGCCUGACCCCGGCGUCGGUGGAGGCGGGACCCGAGACACUGUGCGGGGCGGAGCUGGUGGACACGCUGCAGUUUGUGUGCGGAGAGAGGGGCUUUUAUUUCAGCAAACCCACAGGUUAUGGGCCUAACUCGAGGCGGACACACAACCGCGGGAUAGUGGACGAGUGCUGCUUUCAGAGUUGCGAGCUGCGGAGACUGGAGAUGUACUUUCUUACAGCGCCCGACCAAGGCGGGCAAGCAUUUGCUUUUCUUACGCCACAGCGCCACACAGACCUCCCUAGAACAGCCAAGAAACCUAUUUCUGGCCACAGUACGUCCUGCAAGGAUGUCCAUCAAAAGAACUCCAGUCGAGGGAACGGUGGAGGGAGGAACUACAGAAUGUAGGACCACCAGGGGCCAGCCAGAGAGAGGAAGAUGAAGAGGAAGAGGAAACUGGCAGUCAUGUGGACUUGGGAGACAACAAAACAAACAAACAAACAAACAAACGAAAAAGGGUGAUGAUUGUUGUGGCCUCAGCUUGGCAUGGUCCACAUCACACGCGAGAAACAUGAACGAAAUGAAAACAUAGAGGUUGUAUAAGGCCAGUGGGUAAAUCUGUCCACCAAAAAACAACACACAUAAACAAACAAAUAAGAUUGCACAUUGCACCAUACCAUAACAAAUCGCUAAACCAAAUAGAAAAGAGGGAGUAGUUACGUGUGAGGACAGUGGUGGGUUCUCAGUAAACUUAAAGAAAGCUGAUGUCCAGUUUAUAGUCAGGAACUGGAUGUAGCGCCGUCGAUGCCUCCUGCUCAAUGAAUUCCCUGGAGUUUCCAUUCACCCAGAGGCUCAGCCAAUGGUGGGCCAGCAAAGGCUUCAUCUGUAAGCUCAUUGGACUGCAUCCUCCUUCAACCACUCCCCUCACCUGCCCCCCAUCAAAGCCACAUACACUUAGUUUAGUCAGGUAACCUUUAUUUUGUUUGUCAAAUUGAACUUAAGUACGUCACACCAUAUGUCACAAAAGAGCAUUUCUAUUUGGGUUGGCUGUGAUGAAGACAUUGUUAAUGGACAGUAGCAUCUUUCACAGUUCUCUUGUGUUCUAGUUUUUCAGCUUUGCACUGAGAGUUGCGCAGGACUUUUGCUUGUAUUUGUUAUGUUGUCAUUGCUGUUAUCAUAGAUACCACAAAUGGUCUGUGUCCAAGGCCUUCACACACACACACACACACACACACACACACACACACACACACACACACACACACACAUACACACACAUACACCCUUGACUGAUAUAGGCAGAAUGGGGACCAUGGCUGUCUCCGGCUACACUUGUUAUCUGCCAUGCUUAUAAAUCAACAUACACCACUGAAGAACAGCAAGAUGGACAGCUCAUCACUUAGGAAGAGGCUUAUGGGAGAUCUCUCAAUGUGUCUACAGAGCACUAGCCUAGCCUAGCUCAUCUCUUAGAAGGAGGCUUAUGGGAGGUCUCUUAAUGUGUCUAAGGAGCAUUAGCCUAGCCUAGCUUAGCCUAGCCACAAAUAGCGAUUUACUCUGGGACUGGUUCAGCCCUGAUAUGGAUCCCAUUCUGAGUUCUGGUUCUGAGCCUGAUGAGGGUUUGAUUCUGGACCAGACCCAGGCCUAGAGUUCAUCUCUAAGUCACCGGCUUGACAAGGCUAUAUUUGGGGCCUUUACGCAGAAACCAGACAGGAUAGGUUGAAAAACGAGCCUCUCAGAAUCAGAUCAUUAAUAAUUGACUUGACUUGGCUUGAUUUCCAUUGUUUUUGUUAGCUCAAAAGGUGGACCUUUGCUUCUUUUCUAAAAAUUCUGACUGCAUGGAUUUUCAUUUUAUGAAAAGAAAAAAAAAAAACAGGAAAAAAUGAGUGAGAACCGAGAAGAACGUCCACACCGAAGUGCAUACAUCAACCUACCGCCUGAGCACGUCAACUCCAAAGUCAGGAUACACACAGACACACACACACACACAAACACACACACACACACACACACACACACACACAAACACACACUUGCACAUCAACCAACCAAAUAUACAGCAUUUCUGAGAUUCACAUUAGAGUUUCACACUGGUAAGCAAGAAUACCAAACUGGCAUUCUGUGGGUCACCUUAACAGCACCGGUUGUGGUCCUCAAACUAACACACAUCACCACAACAGACAGGCCCAUCAAUCCCCCAGGGUCCUCACAAACACACAAUAUCAGAAUCUGUGUUUUUCGUACCCGUGUAUGUAAUCAAACCCAGUACUAGCAUUUAUGUUAGCCUAAUGCAUUCUUCCACCAUCAUAAUAGUGAUGGCUUCAUAUAGCAGAAACCAUAUUAAGAAAUCUUAUUCACUGUAUAAUGGUGCUAUUUUGUAGUUUGUUACUUGCGAGGGUUGGCUAAAAAAAACAGAAAGUGCUUGGAGGCUAAACAGAUUGUUUUAGGUCGUCCCUUUUGCACAGCCUUCAGGCCACCAUUUUCAUAGUGUGUUUUUAUUUUUAACGGUAAGCUAGUUAAAUAAGGUUGUCGUGUAAGAAGGCAAAAUGUAUUUGUGUGACAUCUGUGAAUGCAUGGAGAAAAAAAAAACAUUAUGUUGUGAUCCCAAGAAAGGCUAAUUGCUAUUUUUUCUACGGUUUUUAAAUUAUAUUUAUUGUUUUGAUGAAUGAAAAUUCCCUAGAGCUCCUUAUGCCAAAUGUAGUGAGUGACAGAGAGCACUGUGAACUAUGUUCCUUGAGGUGAAGACAUUGUGGUCUCUUCCAAUGAGUGUGCUUUGUAAACAACACCACUUGCUAAGAUGUGUAAGACUAUUAUUUCUUCUGUAUAACCACACUUCUUGUUUUGUCAAAUUGCAUAUUUGUUUCGACAUGCAGCAAUCCAGUACAUUGUAAUUACAGAGUAUUUAUGAAAGAAAACAUGGUACAACAUUGCAUUAGCAACUCAAACCUUCUGCAUGAGAUUUCAGUGAUUAACAAGACCAGCCAAAGAUUAUGAAAUUUGUUUUCUCUGUUUACAAAUCAGUGUAGAAUUAUCAGCAUUCAGUUCUAUCCAAUUCAGAUCAUUUAUAGUAGUUCAACUGGUAUGCCAUGAAAAAGCAUUGUCUCCAAGGACACCUAGUAUAGGCUGAAAGAGGCCACAUCUCUAUGUGUUCUAAGUACUGUUCUGAGAAUUUACCAAAGAUGAAGACAAAUAUUCUGGAAUACUAACACAAAUUCUGGAAUACUAACCUCUCUGUCUGAUGAGAAUGUGUCACACAAUCAGAGAGGGGUUAAAGCGGAGUAAUCAAGAAUCUUUGACACAGUCUUCGUUUGUGUUCCAGUCACAAAAAUGAUGGAUCACAAUCACAAUGGCAAUUUUCCAUUGCUAUUCAUCUACGUAGAACACAUUUUUUACACGGAUGAAGUAAGUCGGCAAUAAGUGGCCAACAUGGUUAACAACAAGAGGAAACAAAUUAACAGAUAUUAGCAUACACGUCUUGUGUGAAGGUUUGGGCUCGUCAUGUGUAUGCCGCGGUUAAUGUUUCAGUUAAAGAGUUUUUUCUUCUGUGUGAUUUAUCUUGCUGUAUGUUUUUUUUUUUCGUUUGUUUGUAACAACUCAUAUCUGUAUGUAUCAUGUCACCAAAUAAUGACACAAAACACAAAAAAAAGAAAAGCAAAAAUGUAAACCAAUAUUGCUGUUUAAAUAAAAACUGAAAAUGAGUGCUUGAUUAUAUGAAAACUUACACUAUUGACAAAAAAGAACAAGACUGUGGCAAUUACGAAGCUAAUCAUCAAAAUAGGAUGUCUGGUUGAAGGACUGUCAUUACUGGUGCUCGACUGCCUUCUGUAGAAAUGAUUAAAAAAUAAAUGACAGAUUGUUCACCACUCCUGCUGAAUAAACCACUAGUCAAUACCAAGAA